AUGUGGCUGCCUAAAAAUCUAUUUGUAAUGAUGAAUAAUGAUAAUGAUGAUAAUUAUAAUAAUGAUCUUCCAUCAAUGGAUGUGAUUCAAUGUUUACAUGAACAACAACAACAACAACAACAACAAAUACACAGACGACAAUUACAAUCAUCAACAUCAUCAUCAAUAUCGAUAUCGAUAAGCCAAUUUCCUAAUGAUUAUAAUAAAACCAUCAAUAAUAAUAAUAAAAAUAAUAAUUUACCAUUACUUGCCGGCACAUUACGUACAUAUCAAGUAUCGGCAUGUGACAAUGAAGAAUUACAUCUAGAAUGUGAUUCACGUACUGUAGUCAAUAUUGUUGUUGCCAAUUAUGGACAGCCAGUGCCACAACGACAUAUGUGUUAUAGACGAUCAUCGCCAUCAAUAACAACAACAACAACAACAAUGGAACAAUGGCCAUUAGAUCACAUUUCGGAAAAAUCAACAAUAUCCAACGAUGCAUCAUCAUCAUCAUCAUUGUCAUCUUCUUCGCCGGUUCGAUGUUCAGAAGCCAAACAUUUAUGGUAUAAAUUUUUGCUCAAAAUUGAAGAAACAUGUCGUGAGCAGCAUCGAUGCGUUUUACAGGUAAAUGCAACCAAUUUAGGUUUCAAAUAUGAUCCAUGUGGUAACGUGAUUAAAUUCGCAGAAGUUGUUUACAGAUGUCGACCAAAUCAAUUCAUCAAUAAGAUUGCUUGUGAAGGACGAUCCUUGAAGUUACAAUGUAAUGAAAACAAUGAUCAAGAUGAUAGAAUUGUAAUAUUUUCAGCAAUGUUUGGUGCUAGUUGGAAAGGUGUUCACGAAUGUCCGGGUAGUGCUAUCAAUCAGCUAGGACCAGCUGCUACUACAAAUAGAUUUCCAAAUCAAACAAAUAUCGAAACAUUAUGUCAGGAUCGAUAUGCUCCGGAUAUUGUUCAACGAAUAUGUCAAGGACGUCGUAAUUGUACAAUAAUGGCCACUUAUGAUAAUAAUCACAUCACAACAUUGUCGUCAUCAUCAUCAUCAUCAUUCUCGAAUCGAACAUUUGCCUUGCCAACCUGUCCAAUAUUGGUGAAAUAUUAUCUCAAAAUUGUCUAUACUUGUAUAUCGAAACAUAUGUUCCAUAAUGAUCAUCGUAUCGAAUCAAUAACAACAUCGACGUCAACACCAACGUCAAUAUCAUCAUCGACAACGACGACGACGACGACAACAACGACUAUGACAACAAUGACAACAACAACAAAAACAGUGAGGCCGAUUAUUUCAUCUACGAAUAUGAUUGAUGAUGAUGACAACAAUGAAAGUAUCAAUGAUAAUGAUGAUUACGAUGAUGGCGGUGAUGGUCGCCAACAACAACAACAAACGUUUGCAUCGAAUAAAAAGAAAAUGAAAUAUAAAACAAACACUUUGGAUAUGACUAUCAAUUAUGGUGGUGAUGAUGAUGAUAAUUUACCAUCAGUUUCGCCGGUCAGCAACAAAAAUAGGACAUUAUCUUCGAACACAAGAUUGAUGAUGGAUUCGGCAUCUGUAAUGAAAACGGUUAAAUCUUCUUGGCGUACACGAUUACCACAUCAUAAUUCUGGCAGUUCAUCUCGUGAUAGUGUUAGUCAGGUGUUGAUGGAUAAUCCGAAUCAACAACAUCAUCAUUCAUCUAUUAAUUGUACCGAAUUGACUGCACAAAUGCAAGUGGUUGGAUUUAUAUCUGAUUGGAUAUCAGCCAUUGGUUUUGUUAAAAGAAAUCAAGAGUUAUUUGUAUUAUACCUGCUGGUCUCAUUAUUUGGAUCUUUGGUCUGUUUUUUGGCUGUACUAUCUGCACGAUUAUACUAUCAGAAAGGUGUGGCCGUUAAAAAAGUUCGCCAAGAACAUCAACAACAAAGAAAAUUUGUGCCUCAAUUUGACUUUGAAGAUGAUCUUGAAGAUGAGGAAGAAGAGGAAGAUGAUGACAAUGGUGGUGGUGGUGGUGACCGAAAUCAACAAACCGCUGUAUCAGGUGAUCAUGAAGAAAUACAACAUAUACUGAUUGAUAACCGACGACCAUCAUCAAUGCAAGCAGCAUCGGUUGGUCGCUGUGAUUAUGGCCAAUCGAAACGUCAAUCAAUGACAGGUGUGAUUGGUAGUGCCACCACUUCCAUUAUCACUACUACUUCCUCUAGUGUUGCAUCAACUUCAGCUCCUGGUUACAGUACCAUUCGGCGACCACAAUCAGGUCAUAUAGCAGCAUCAGGUGGUCAAUCAUCAACCAUAGCUGGUUAUAGUCAUCAUCAUCCUUCGUAUCAUCUUCAUCAUCAUCAUCAAACGACCAGUACGAAACCAAUGAUUUCGACACUUGGUAGACCUAGACAUCAUCAUCAUCACCAUAAGCCAUCUAAUCCAACUGUUCGUUAUUCGGGUACGACCACGCGAACAUCAUUAUCAGUAUCGCCUAAUACAACAACAGCCACCAGUACCACAUCGCCUAAAAGUAUCCUACGUGAUAGCGCUGUGCAGACACCCACACCGAUGUCGAUGAUGGUAAUGGAAAUGCCAUCUUCAUCCUCACGACCACCGAUCACCACAGCAACUACCGUUAUUUCUAGCCCGAAUUAUCGUGGCACAACGAUAUCAUUCGAGAAUGAUCAACUAAAUCAAAUCUCAACCAUCGAUCUAAUACCACCGCCUCCACCACCACUUUUGUCGGCUGAAUUAAUGGCCACUGGAUCGAAUUUGGUACAAUCAACAUCAUCUCCAAUGGGGAGGAUCGAUAGUCCAAUCGUAUCCUGUGAUACAUUGUAUCAGCAAAUAGUUAGAUGUCCAAAAUUUCCAAUCACACCUAAUCAUAAUAACACAAUUGAGCCUUAUGGCAUGCCUAUAACAACCACUUCGGAUAUGAGUGGAAAACAACAAUCUUCACCAUCACAUCCAACUAUGUCAACUGUCACGACGACGCCCAUUAUUCAUAGUCAACAAACAUCAUUAUCGUCGAAUGAGCAAACCGCUCCUGCCACAUCAGAAUCUAAGCUAUUGUCAAGUAGUUUAGCCAAUUUUCUUGUUUGAUUGUUUCAUUUAAAUUUCCUUCCCACCUUAUUGUUCAUGAGGAAUUUCAUUUCAUUUUACUUUGAUCAUUUCCGUUCUUAUUUUUCUUUAUCAACAACUACCUUUGUCAUUAUCUAUGGAUAAUUUUUUUUUUUUUUUUGAUAACAAUGUAAAGCCAAGUAUUAUCAUAGUCAUGAGGUGCCAUCUAUGAUCAUCACAUUAC